AAUCACGCGCGGGCUGAGCUCGGCUAGGCGGGAGCAGCGGCGGCAGUGGAGGCUGCGAAGGAGGCGAUGGGACCCCAGCGAGAGAUCUGCGGCUAGCUAGCUGCACUUGCUCCACGGGUCAGGGGAUCGGAGGGGGAUUGAAGAAUGUGCCCUUAAAAAGAAAGGUCAAGGAGUAAACAACAAAGAAGAAGAGAACCACAAAGUUGAAAAGAAUGAGUUCUUGCAGCAACAUCUGCGGGUCCAAGCAGGCACAGGCUGCUACUGAAGGUGGUUUCCAGCACUAUGGUGUCCGAUCCUACCUACACCAGUUUUAUGAGGACUGUACCACCUCCAUCUGGGAGAAUGAGGAUGAUUUCCAGAUCCAGAGAUCACCUAACAGGUGGAGCUCAGUAUUCUGGAAGGUCGGACUCAUCUCAGGCACAGUCUUUGUGAUUCUCGGAUUGACUGUUCUGGCUGUGGGCUUCUUGGUGCCACCCAAGAUUGAAGCCUUUGGUGAAGCCGAUUUCGUGGUGGUCGACACUCAUGCCGUCCAAUUUAACGGUGCCCUCGACACCUGCAAGCUGGCAGGCGCCGUGCUUUUCUGCAUUGGGGGCACAUCCAUGGCAGGGUGCCUGCUCAUGUCAGUGUUUGCCAAAAGCUACUCCAAAGAAGAAAAAUUCCUGCAGCAGAAGUUUAAAGAGCGGAUCGCAGACAUCAAGGUCCACACCCAGCCCAUCACAAAAGCUCCAGGUCCUGGGGAAACUAAAAUCCCCGUCACCUUGACAAGGGUUCAAAAUGUCCAGCCGACAUCAGCCACUUGA